UUUUUGAAGAAAGGUAAUUAAUUACUAUUAAUCAAAUCAUAAUUCAGUACAUCAACAAUAAAAUGAGGAGGACUAAAUAACCAAUACUAACAAUCAGGCAUAGAACUCGUUGCCCUUGCCAUCGCAUGAGCUGCUCGAUUCGCAGAUCGUCUAACAUCAGAAAAAGACACGCUAUCAAAACUUGUCUUCAAUUCUCUAAUAUCAUCAGCUAAAAGACCAGAAUAUGAUAAACUUUUCCCAUUUUGAAUUUCCUGAAUUGCUUGAAGGGAAUCUGAUUCCACCUCAAUCAAAUUCCACUCUUUAUUUUUCAGCCAGCUAAGUGCUUCCCUGAUGCUCAUUAACUCAGCUUCAAGAGGAGUAAAGACACCCAUACCCGGCCUACCACCGCCUGCAAGAAAGAAACCAUCUGCAUUCCUUAAAAUCCAGCCGAAUCCACACCUUUCUUUCCCAACAGAGGCAUCGACAUUAAUAUCUAGAUGUCUUAAAUUUAUCCUCUUCACCCAUUCCACAGCCUGUUCGAACACUAUCUCCAGAAGUUGUUCAACUUCCACCGCCGCAACACGCACCGGAUAUCCUUCCGCCGCCACUACCUCCCCUUUAUGGUCCCUUAGUAAGAAACCAGCUGAGUUCUGACCAUCGUGGUUGAGCUUAAACGACCCCAGUCGCGGCUUGACCUAUCGGAAAACCUGGGGCUUUCUAGCCCUGAAACUGCCAGAUCUGAUUGAUGACUCCGUCGUCCCUAGUCGGCAGUUACUCGGCACCCCUCCUUCCAAAUAGUAUCCCAGUAGCAUUUCCAAAUCUGCCAAACAAUCACCCCAGGUGUGAUUGCCAAAUAUGUGAUUAGAGAUGACAACGGGCGGAUCGUGGACGGUUAUACAUAUAAUCGUACCCGCUCCGUUUGGUAACUUCCCCGCCCUGUAAACGCCUAAUUACUCAACAGGUAAUUUUUAUUCAAAUCAUAACUGCCUCAACGGGUAACAAUUAUAACACUACAAAAAAACACACCGUUUGUCACGGAUUUUUGUCACGGAUUCCGGCCGUGACAAAGUUGUCACGGGCUUUGUCACGGAAUUUUGGGAUUUGUCACGAAAAUUAUUUGUCACGGAUAAAUCCGUGACAAUAUUUUGUCACGGAUUUGGUCCGUGACAAAUUUACUCCGGCGACCGGUGUUUUACUCCGGUGAAUACUUUUUUUGCUUCCGGGCAUUUGUCACGGACAGAUCCGUGACAAAUCCGUGACAAAUUCCAAAAAAACUCAAUUAUUGAUUUUCCAGCGGUAACCUUUAAUAAUACGGUAUGGAAAAACAUUUGUCACGGAUAAAUCCGUGACAACUCCGUGACAAAUUUCAAAAAAACUCAAUUAUUGAUUUUCCUGCGGUAACCUUUAAUAAUAUGGUACGGAAAAAGAUUUGUCACGGAUAAAUCCGUGACAAAUCCGUGACAAAUUUUUUUAUAUAACCCAACUCCAUCGUCCAUUACAAUUGCAAGAACAACAAUUAUCAGUUCAAAAAUUCGUAGAUUCAAGUGAUGUAGUAUCGGUUUAAAGAUUGAAUGAUGUAAUCCGUAAGUUCAUCAUUUUCCGAGUUUAUGCAGAUAAGGUAUGUCAUUUUAACUAAUUUCUUUUAAUUGUGUGAUAAAUUAAUUAUUAGCUUAAUAAUUAAUUAUUAUUAGUGAGGUUAGGAUUCUUUUUUCUUUAUAUAAUAAUAAUUAAUUAUUAGCUUAAUAAUUAAUUAGUGAGGUUAGUUGUUCAUUUAUUUAAACUAUUAACGUAAUUUAGUGAGGUCAUGUUAAUUUUCAUAUUAUUAACAAUAUAUUAUUAAACUAUUAAUGUAAUUUAAUUAGUUAAAUUUAAAUAUAAAUAUUAAUUAGUUAAAUUAUUGUUAUUAUUAAUGCAUAAUAAUUUAGGAUGUGUAGUGAUGAUUUAAGUAUUAGCUAGCUUAUUAUAGAUUAAUUAAUUAGUGACUUGUAGUGAUUUAAUUAAUUAGUUAGCUAGCUUAAUUAUUAGGUUAUUAAUUAUCACCAAUUAUUAUUUAUUAGCAAUUAUUGUUAAUGGGAUGCAUAAUAUAGCUAGCUAGCUAGGAUUGAAACUUUAUUAUUAUUUAGUUUAGUGUGAAUUAUUAUUGUGAAUUAUUAAUGAGAUAAUAUUUAACAAUAAUAUUAGUUAAAUGUAAAUUAAUUAAAACAUUGAGGAAAUGGGUUUAGAAUUUGAUGAGUUGAUAAUAUUAGUUAGAUUUAAAUAUUAGUUAAUUGAUCAAUGAUGAUGAUUAGGUUUAAUUUUUUUAUUAAUUAGUUAAUUAUUGUUAAUGCAUAAUUUAGGAUUUGUAGUGAUUUAAGUUAGGAUUCAAACUUUAUUAGUUAAGUGUGAAUUAAUGAUAUUUAACAAUAUUAGUUAAAUGGAAAUUAACUAAGUAAUAAGUUAAAUUAGUUAAUUAAUUAAAACAUUGAGGAAAUGGGUUUAGAAUUUGAUGAGUUGAUAAUAUUAGUUAGAUUUAAAUAUUAGUUAAUUGAUCAAUGAUGAUGAUUAGGUUUAAUUUGUUUAUUAAUUAGUUAAUUAUUGUUAAUGCAUAAUUUAGGAUUUGUAGUGAUUUAAGUUAGGAUUCAAACUUUAUUAGUUAAGUGUGAAUUAUAUAUUAUUGUGAAUUAAUGAUAUUUAACAAUAUUAGUUAAAUGGAAAUUAACUAAGUAAUAAGUUAAAUUAGUUAAUUAUUGUUAAUGAGAUGCAUAAUAUAUAUAGCUAGGAUUGAAACUUUAUUAUUAUUUAGUUUAGUGUGAAUUAUUAUUGUGAAUUAUUAAUGAGAUAAUAUUUAACAAUAAUAUUAGUUAAAUUUAAAUUAAUUAAUUAACUAAUUAAGUUAAGUUAAAACAUUGAGGAAAUGGGUUUAGAAUUUGAUGAGUUGAUAAUAUUAGUUAGAUUUAAAUAUUAGUCAAUUGAUCAAUGAUGAUGAUUAGGUUUAAUUUGUUUAUUAAUUAGUUAAUUAUUGUUAAUGCAUAAUUUAGGAUUUGUAGUGAUUUAAGUUAGGAUUCAAACUUCAUUAGUUAAGUGUGAAUUAUAUAUUAUUGUGAAUUAAUGAUAUUUAACAAUAUUAGUUAAAUGGAAAUUAACUAAUUAAUAAGUUAAAUUAGUUAAUUAUUGUUAAUGGGAUGCAUAAUAUAUAUAGCUAGGGUUGAAACUUUAUUUUUAUUUAGUUUAGUGUGAAUUAUUAUUGUGAACUAUUAUUGUGAAUUAUUAUUGUGAAUUAUUAAUGAGAUAAUAUUUAACAAUAAUAUUAGUUAAAUGUAAAUUAAUUAACUAAUUAAUUAAGUUAAAACAUUGAGGAAAUGGGUUUAGAAUUUGAGUUGAUAAUAUUAGUUAGAUUUAAAUAUUAGUUAAUUAAUUGAUCAAUGAUGAUGAUUAGGUUUAAUUUGUUUAUUAGUUAAUUAUUGUUAAUGCAUAAUUUAGGAUUUGUAGUGAUUUCAGUUAGGAUUCAAACUUUAUUAGUUAAUAAUUAAAACGAUUAAUGCCAUUAACAUAUUACUAUUAGUUAAAUAUUAGUAAAUUAACGCUUUUAGUUAAUGUCACAAAUUAACGCUUUUAGUUAAUGCCACGAAUUAAAUAAUGUACUGCUUUUAGUUAAUUAAUAAUAUUAAUGUACUUAUAUAUUAUUUUGAUUAUAAUAUAUAUACAGGCAUAAUGUAUAGACAAAACAGAAGUUGGAUGUACCAAAAAUAUCGCGAUAACUAUGAAACACGCAGUGAAUUUUUGAAUGGUGUUGAAGAUUUUAUUAAAUUUGCACAAGAACAGAAGAAUUAUAUGGAUGGAGAUAAAAUCAGAUGUCCAUGUACAAAGUGUAAAAAUAUUCAAUUUAAAGAUGUCGACCAAGUUGUGUGGGAUUUGUACGAAAAAGGUUUCGUUGCCAAUUAUUAUAAUUGGACUUCUCAUGGCGAACCUUUCGAUCCAUCACUUUUACCACAAACAGUAGAUUCAUCUCGUAACGUCCCUACCGAGAUGAGUGGGUGGGGAGACUAUGAUCAAAUGACGUGGGAUCAAAGAAUGGCAUAUGAUGUAUACGGUGCUUCAACGAUGCAGUUUAACCCACCACAGCCAUUUAACGAUCUUCCCGAAGCUUCGACCUCGUAUGAACCCGAUGCGGAUGAAGAUCAGACCUUUUAUCAGUCUGCUGCGGAUGAGUAUCCGAAUUCUCAUGUUCCUCAUAUUGAAGACUUAGCUGAAAGAUUUCAAGAUGUUUUAAAAGCUGCUGAUCAGCCUCUGUAUGCUGAUUGUGAGGGAUACUCUCAGCUAUCCGCCGUUACAGAGUUGAUGAACAUUAAAUCUGAAUACAAUCUUCCUGAAUCUUGCAUGUCUAGGUUAUUGCAGUCAUUUGGAGGAAUGUUACCGCGUGACCAUAAUCUUCCUGAUUCAUAUUACAAAAUGAAACAAUUAAUGUCUCAGUUGGGGUUUUCUUGUAUAGAAAUUGAUGCGUGUCCAGAAGGAUGUAUGUUGUUCUGGAAGGAUGAUGUGGCACUUGAGACCUGCAAGUUCUGUGGUGGAGAGAGAUACAAGCCUGUUCCUCAUAGACGAAAAAAACCACGAAAAAGGUCUGCAUUGUCUAAAUUGUUUUACCUCCCUCUAGCUCCACGCCUGCAGAGGAUGUAUGCUUCAAAUGCUACUGCGAAACACAUGACGUGGCAUGUUGAGCACGAAACCAAAGAGGGUUUGAUGUCUCACCCUUCCGACUGUGAAGCUUGGAGACACUUUGACCGUUGUCAUCCUCAGUUUGCAAUGGAGCCACGGAAUGUGCGACUGGGAUUGUGUUCAGACGGAUUUGCUGCUUUUGGAAAGUUUGGGAAGAAAUUUUCAUGUUGGCCAGUCAUGCUAACUCCUUAUAAUCUUCCUCCCGACAUGUGCAUGAAAAGUCAUUUCAUCUUUUUAACUUUAAUUUGUCCAGGUCCCUCGGAUCCUAAAAAAAGGAUAGACAUCUAUCUCCAACCCCUGAUCGAGGAGAUGAAAGAACUUUGGGCCAUUGGGACACCAACUUAUGAUGUUUCGAGAGAUCAAAUGUUUAUCAUGAAAGCUGCCAUCAUUUGGACCAUUAGCGACUUCCCUGCUUAUGGUAUGCUUUCAGGAUGGAGCACACACGGUCUUAUGGGAUGUCCGAUAUGUAUGGAUCAAUCAGAUGCCAAUUGGCUCAAAUUUAGCGGGAAACCAAGUUACUUUGAUUGUCACCGCAAGUUUCUGCCUAUGAACCAUCGAUAUCGAAAGGACAAGAAGUCUUUUAUUGCCGGAAGAGUGGUACGAGAUCCCCCUCCUCCAAGACUUACAGGUGAACAAGUUUUUAACCGGGUUCGACGUUUUCCUACGGCCGUGCAGCAACCCCACGGGGAGCCAAAUGGGUAUUGUGAUACCCAUAAGUGGACAAAGAGGAGUAUAUUUUGGGAGUUGCCGUAUUGGAAGGACCUUCUCAUUCGUAACAAUUUAGAUGUCAUGCACGUUGAGAAGAACGUCUUUGACAAUAUAUUUAACACGGUUAUGGAUUUUACCCACAAAACCAAAGAUGGUCUUGCAUCUAGAAAAGACAUGACAAUUUGGUGCGACAGACCCGAACUCGCCGUCGAUCUAGAAUACGUGGGUAAAAAAAUUCCAAGAGCAGUCUACCAACUCACAGCCCCACAAAGGGAAUCAAUAUUAGAGUGGCUUGUUUCUCUGAACUUUCCAGAUGGCUAUUGUUCUAACUUGUCAAGAUGUGUGGACCUGGACAAACAAACAAUGACGUCGAGCAUGAAAACUCAUGAUGCUCAUGUAAUCAUGCAACGACUUUUGCCGAUUGCACUGAAAGAGAUGCUUCCUGCAGACGUCUGGGGCUGUAUUACCGAAAUCAGUCAAUUGUUUCAGUCGAUAUGUUCCGACGUUUUGGAUGCCGAAUCCCUGAGGAGACUAGAAGACAAUGUUCCUAUUCUGAUGUGUAAUCUAGAAAAGAUACUGCCCCCAUCAUUUUUUGAUGUAAUGGAACAUCUUCUAAUACAUCUUCCGUAUGAGGCUUUGAAUGGAGGGCCCGUCUUCUAUCGUUGGAUGUACAGAUUUGAAAGAUUUCUGGGAGAUUUGAAAAAGAAAGCGACCAACAAGGCACACAUUGAGGCUUCAAUUUGUCAAGCAUAUAUUCAACAAGAAACCUCAACGUUUUCAUCUUUUUAUUUUGAGCGUGAAGUAAUCAGUAAAAGAAAGAGACCUGCUCGGAACGAUGACAUUGGCGAGGAUUCAUAUGAUAAAGUAGUUUCUAUUUUCAACUACCCAGGUAGAGGUAAAGGAGCUGCGACUUACCGCUACAUCGUGGGCGGAGAAAUGAAAAUUGCACAUACUUACAUUCUCAUGAAUUGUCCAGAAAUCUUACCAUUUUAUAAUGAAUUUAGAGCGUCUUUAUCAGCAUUUCCUGAUGAUGCAAUUGAUGCAAUGGUGGACUCUGACUUUGCAUUAUGGUACCAACAGCAGAUCAGGUACCGUGGGAUUAAUGACCCUCUGUUAGUAUCAUUAUCGUGGGGCCCUUCUUCCUAUGCAAAGGUUUGGCAUUCAUAUGUGAUAAAUGGUUAUACGUAUCACACAGUUGAAUAUGGAGAAGGUCGACCAACAAUGAACAGCGGGUUAUGUGUCCCGACCAUCGGUUCUGAUAACUCGGAAACCAUUUUUUUUGGUUUCUUGCAUGAGAUUCUCGAACUUCAAAUGCCUUCUGGUUUGCAAGAAUUAACAUGCGUGUUGUUUCGCUGCACAUGGGUCGACCCUACACGUGGUGUGAGAAAAAAUUCAAAGUAUAAUAUAAUUGACUUCAACCACUCUCGUGUGUAUCAGAAAAAUGAGUCAUUUAUACUCGCUCAACAAGCAGCCCAGGUUUAUUAUGCAGAGUAUCCUUCAACGAGGCGCACACGGAAUCCUUGGGUGUGUGUCAUUAAUAUCCGUCCGAGCAAAAUUGUAACACAGGCUCAACAAAGGGAUAUUGACUUUGAUGCUUUUCAGCAAGAUUUUUUCCACCCUCCGCCUAUUGCUGAUACGGUCAACCAUAACAUUCAGUUAAGUGACCCAAAUGGCGGAGAUGUUGAAGUUAUGCCUGAAACACACCUUCCGCCCCCUAUACCUCAAAAUGAGCGUGAAAUUGAAGAAUUAUAUAUACAACAACUGCACGAUGACCAGGAGGAAGAAGAAGAAUGGAUAUCUGGUGAUGAAGAUACAGAAGAAGAAGUUGCCUAUCAAGAAAAUACUGAUUCUGAUAGCGAUUAAAUGUAUAGUUAAC